GAGGGAGAGACGGAGAGAGGCCAGUGAGGGGGCAGGCAAUUGGGGUUUUGUGGGUGCGUGUUGUUCCUUCUUUCUCGAAAUCGCAUACUCAGUGUGAGCGCUGUGCCUGUGCUCUCUGUGGCUCUGCUUUAGGGUUCGUAGCGCCUCUGUCGUAGAACCUUUCUCCUUGCAGCAGCGAUUCCAUUCGAUCGGCAUGGCGUCCCUUAUGCGCCAGCUGCAGUCUAAAGCGGCUGUGGCCACGGAGAUCGCCACCAAGCGCGGCAGUGCUUAUUACAAGCAGGUCAUGGAAGAGAACAAGCAACAUGUCGUCCAUCCAGCCACAGUCGAGAAGUGUCAGGAGCUCUCUAAGCAACUCUUCUACACUCGCCUCGCUAGUUUACCUGGGAGGUACGAGGCUUUUUGGAAGGAGGUGGACUUCGUCAAGCAGAAAUUAGUGCAAAGGAAUGACUUGAAGCUGGAAGAAGUUGGCAUUGCGGCUUUGUUCGCAGGAGAGUGCUACGCAUGGUUUUGUGUCGGGGAGAUUGUGGGUCGAGGUGGCUCGAUAACAGGUUACAAGGUUUAAUUAGACAUCCGUUGGUUGGGUGAUCGACUACUGCGGAUCACUACGUGAGGAAGUUAGGUGGUAAUUAUCUUUGUCUAAGCCGUCCUUUGUGUACUGCCCAAUAUUAUCAUGAUUUUAUGAAGGUGGACUAGGCUGGUGAGUUGCAGAGUUUGUGCUGAUAGGGAAGCUGACUGGAGUUCACAACUUCUUUUCCAUGUUUUUUCCUCCACAUAACGAGGAACGAGUCAGUCAGUCAGCCUCCGCACUUCUGCAAUUAAACUGUUCCCUUUUCUUUUCUUUUUUGUCUUU